UCGGCAGACGGACAGCAGCAGACGGUGAGUAUAGAGAGAGAACGAGACGGACAGAGCGCACGGCAGGAGAAAGAGGGGCUCGGACAUCCACCGAGGAGCGGAAGAGGAGUAGCCUACUACACCAGGAUUUAUCCCUUUCCUUUUCAUCUUUUUACCCUGUGAGUGGAGUAGACUAGGAACUGAAUCCCUGUGAUCUCCCCCUGGCUUGAGUUAAACCUGCUCCGCUGCCAAAGGACCUGCUACUUAUUUCCCUCUGCAUUAGUCCUCAGUAUGGCAGCCACGGUGGGACACCGGGGCGAAAUGUCCCAGGCGAUGGCGACUUGUUUUGCCCACUGGCGUCUCACCCUGUGCGCUAUGUUGACCUGCUUCGGCGGCGGCGCGGUGUGGGGCUUUAACCUGGAGACCGCGCACACGCUGCACAAGUUGGGGGACCGCGGCACCUUCUUUGGCUUCUCACUGGCUCUCCACGAGCAACUUACCCCCGAGCCGCAGAGCUGGAUCCUUGUGGGGGCCCCGCGGGCCGCGGGCCAGGGGGCCCAGCAGGGCACGCGGCCCGGGGCACUGUUCAGGUGUCCCAUCACGCCAGAGGAGUACGACUGUGAGCGAGUGGACAUCGACGGAGAUGUGAGUCUGGACAGAGAAAGCAAGGACAACCAGUGGCUGGGAGUCACAGUGAAGAGCCAGGGCAUUGGGGGGAAGGUGGUGACCUGCGCCCACCUGUACGAGCUACGGCAGCGGGUGAACCAGCCGUCGGAGACGCGCGACCCCAUUGGCCGCUGUUACGUGCUGAGCGAGGACCUGACGGAGAGGGACGACCUGGACGGGGGCGAGUGGAAGUUCUGCGAGGGCCGGCCCCAGGGACACGAGCAGUUUGGCUUCUGUCAGCAGGGGCUGUCGGUCAGCUUCACCCCCGACAACAACUACAUCCUGUUCGGGGCCCCGGGGACUUACAACUGGAAAGGCGAGAUGCGAGUCCAGCUCAUCAACCAGAGUCUGCUGGAUCUGGGUUUCUAUGACGACGGGCCCUAUGAGGUGGCCGAUCAGAGACAGCUGAACGCGCGGCUGAUCCCUCUGCCUUACCAUAGUUACCUGGGCUUCUCGGUGGACUCCGCCAUGGGCAUCAUGAGCCUUGGUGAGUUGACCUUCGUGGCGGGCGCUCCCAGGGCCAACCACACGGGGGCGGUGGUGCUGCUGCGGAAGGACAACGUGUACCGCCUGGUGCCGCAGCACAUCUUCUGGGGGGAGGAGCUGGCCUCGUCCUUCGGCUACUCGGUGGCCACCACCGACCUCAACAGGGACGGCUGGACAGACCUGAUUGUGGGCGCCCCCAACUUCUUUGACCGCAAGGCGGAGAUCGGCGGGGCCGUGUACGUGUACCUGAACCCCUUCGGCCACUGGGACGACCAGGCCCGGCCCAUACGCCUCAACGGCACCUACGACUCCAUGUUCGGCAUGACGGUCAGCAGCAUCGGGGACCUGGACCAGGACGGAUACGGAGACAUCGCGGUUGGAGCGCCGUUCGAUGGCGACGGCAAGGUGUUUAUCUACAGAGGGUCCGAUGCGGGCAUAGAAACGAAGCCAGCACAGGUCUUGGACGGGCGGGACUUUGACGUGAGGCGCUUCGGCUACUCCAUCUCUGGCGGUCUGGACGUGGAUAAGAACCAGUACCCGGACCUGGCUGUGGGUUCUCUCAACGACUCGGUGGUUCUCUUCAGAUCCCGUCCGGUCAUCCACGUGGUCAGGGACCUUUCUAUAGAGCCUCAGAACAUUGAUCUGGAGCAACGCAACUGUCAGGGCAGGGAUGGAGUCUGCGUGGAGGUGAAGGCAUGCUUCACCUUCACAGCCCACCCAGAACACUACUCUCCACACAUCACUCUUGUGGUCCACUUUGAAGCUGACGCAGAGCGCAGGAAGCUGGGCCUGCCCCACCGCGUUAACUUCCUGGGUCGCAGCUCGCUGAUGCCGGAGUACACUCAGACAGAGGAGGUGGAGCUGCACAGACAGAGGCACCCUAUGUGCACCAGCGCUGUGUUCCAGCUGCACGAGAACCUGGGGGACAAGCUGCGGCCCAUCUCCCUGGCCAUCACACACACCAUCAAGCCCGUCCCGCCACGCAGGCACUCGGGCUCCAAGCGGCUGGAGAAGCUGGCUCCCAUCCUGAACGUGUGGCCCUCCAACACCCUGCACUCUGAGGUUAACUUCUUGCGGGAGGGCUGUGGCGAUGACAAGAUCUGCCAGAGCAACCUGAAGCUGAGCUACCAGUUUGGAACACGACCUCUGAACUCUGACCUCUUCACCCCUCUGCCAAAAGACGAUGAGGGGGUGCAGGUGUUCUCCAUGACGGACCAGCGAUCGGUGGUCCUGGAGAUUACCAUCACCAACUCCCCCUCGGACCCCCAGGACCCCGACGAGGACGGAGACGACGCGCACGCCGCCCAGCUGCUCAUCUCCCUGCCCCCCACCCUCUCCUACAUGGGCUCUCGCAUCCCGUCACAGUCACAAGUACGAUGUGAGCUCAACCAAAAUGGCACCCAGACUGAGUGUGAGUUGGGGAACCCGGUCAAACGAGACUCUACGAUAAAAUUCUCCAUCAUUUUAGGAACUUCCAAUAUCACCAUAGAGACAACCGAGCUCAAAGUUGAUCUCCUUUUAAAAACAAUCAGUGAGCAACCAGACCUGGCGCCAGUCAAAGCGCUUGCUAAAAUGGUGAUAGAGCUCCCCCUGUUGGUCAGUGUGGUGGCCCGUCCCCACCAGCUGUUCUUCAGCGGGGCCGUGAGGGGCGAGAGUGCCAUGUCCACGCUGGACGACGUGGGGAGCCCUGUGGAUUUUGAGUUCACGGUAUCCAAUCCAGGCCAAGAGGUGCAGACGCUGGGGUCAGCCUUCCUCAACAUCUUGUGGCCGUAUGAGUUGGCCAAUGGAAAGUGGCUCCUGUAUCCUGCCAGCCUGAAGUUCGAGAACCACCCGGACAUACGCUGCACCUCGUCAGAGGAUCUCAACCCGCUGAAACUCUCCCACAGCAAGGAUGUAGAAGAGGCCCUGCAGUCCAAACAUCUGAGGGCGGGGAGGAAGAGCCGGUCUCACCCUGAAGACGAGGGUCAUGGGGGCCAGGUGAUGACGAAGGGCAACGCGGGACGGACCACCCCGGCGGUGGCUGCCUCAGAGCGACGAAAGUCCCUCAAACUGGACUGUCUGUUGGGUUCUGCACGAUGUGUGCUCUUCCGGUGCCCCCUUUAUAGUCUGGCCAGUCAGGCUGUCCUCAAAAUACACGCCAGGCUAUGGAACAGCACGUUCAUAGAGGAGUUCCCAUCCAUCAGUGCUCUGGAGCUGGUGAUCCGGGCCAACGUCACGGUGAAGUCCACCAUCAAACACCUGCUCCUCAGGGAUGCUGCUGCUCAGGUUCCAGUGAUGGUGUACCCAGAGCCCGGCCUGGCCGACCAGUACCAGAUCCCCUGGUGGAUCAUCCUCAUUGCCGUGCUGGCAGGCAUCCUGCUGCUCACCCUGCUGGUCUGCCUCCUGUGGAAGUGUGGCUUUUUCCAGCGGGCCCAGUACAAAGACAAGGUGCCCCAGUAUCACGCGGUGAAGAUCCCUCGCCAGGACCGACCUCAGUUCUCCACUGAGAAGCCGGGGCCCAUCCAGAAGAAGGAAUGGAGUACCCACUGGAGCGAUAGCGCCUCCUAGCUGACCCUGUGUGCACUGCACCCCACACUCACCCCUGGUUGAGCUGCUGCUGACGUCCCCUCAAGACAACGAUCGACUUGUAAAGUGAACGGGGACCCGAUGUCAUCACCAACUGACUCUGCUCAUCGUACUGUAGCAAUAUUAAUGGAUUCAAUGUGCGUUAUUUCGUGAGCUGGUCUUUCUAUCUUCUGCCUUCUUCCUGCAUUCACACACACUCACACACACAAGCACACACACAUACACACAGAGUUGCUGGGCUGAGGGCUGGCAUUUGAUGGAUUGUCUAUAUUUGCACUGCGUUUCUAUUUGACCAUUUAAAGUCAAUAAUGUUGAGCCUCAUGAAUCAAUACUCAAGAGUGUAGCUCACUCAAUGCCUCACAGCCUCCAGAAGAAGUGCUGAAAUUGACUUCAUACACACACCCCCAUCAAUAUUUAACCGAAUCACACACACACACACACACACACACACACACACACACACACACACACACACACACACACACACACACACACACACACACACACACACACACACACACACACACACACACACACACACACACAUAAACACAUCCACAAACACACACCCACACCCACACUUCUAUGGUAGAAGGUUUAAUUAUGCGAGGGGCGAAGUAGUUCAAUGUGACCAAGAAGCCACAACCUGUGAACACAACCUUCUUUCCUUAACUUCUGUCCAAACAAAUCUAAAAUUGGCUAAACAUAUUUUUUAUAUACAACAUGGCUUUAGCUUUUUAAUGACAUUUAUGUAACAUGGGAAGCGUUAUCAAAUGGUUACAGAUAUAAGCUGUAAUUCAAAAUACCAAAGGGCUGUGUUUUUGGUUAAGGCUGACAGGCCACACAAUUGUUCUGUUUAUGUGAAAUUAUUUUCAGAUACACACAAUGCCCAUCAGAGUAGGAGCCAGUUUUUUCAAUUUAAUUUAUGGUUAUCAAAUAUAGACAAACAUAUUUUUUUCUGAGUGAACUUGAAAAAGAUCAGGGGAAACGCAACGCUGCUCGCAAAAUGUUGACGGUCUAUGACAUCUGCUAAUCUGCUAGCCUGAUUAGCUUCGGUGACAAAUAUAUAUACCUUUUGGUUUAUUUGUCGUCUUCGAACAGGUAAUGUUAGUCAAAGGUCGAUGAAGGUUCAUCAAAAUAAUAUGAUUCAUACUUUCUAUAGAAAACAUACCAUAUUCCCACAUAUAGUAGUGUAAAUAAAUAAAAAUAUGAAAUGUACGAGGUUUCAGAUAACCUGGGCGUUUUUGUAAAAGGGGAUGUCAUCCCCUUUGUAAAAAGAAAAAGACUUUCAUCCAAUUAUUUGAUUAAAUGUACUAACCUGCUUGAAACAAUGUACCUGGUGAAAGGGCCUGUGCCAACCAGGAUAUUGUACAUUAUUACUUUGGUACUUACAUUUCUAACUGCAUACAAUUAAGUGCCUUAUUGUAAAAAUGUGGCGCUACUGUAUUUAGGGGGAAAAAAAUACUUAAAAUGCUGCCUUCAAGUAUCUAUUUAAAACCUAUGGAAAUGGGAAUGCAUCCCAGCUCAUAUGAAACAAAUUGGGCAUGAGGGAAGAUUCCCGGAGAGUGAAUGGAAUAUGUCUGCCAGGAGGGAGAUCUGUUUUUAAGAACAGAAGAGGAAAUAAGAAAUACUUACGUUUGGCACAUUGUACAUUAGCACAUAAGAAGGACUUUGAUUGGGCGUAUUGGUGCAUUUGGGCACAGGAAGUGGCUAUGAAGCAUGUACAAGGAGCUUGUUUUAGGUAUUGCUGGACAAUCUCAUGAUAGAUGCAUGAACGUUAUGUUGGUCAUCUGACGCCAUCCCUUUUAUUGUUUUAUUUUUUUUGUUCAAUGUUUUAUUUAUUUUUGUUUGGAUGCACUGUUUUAACAUUGUAAAUAAAUAAAAAAUUACUGAUCACAACACAUUUACAUAUGUCGUGUUGAAUAAAGGUUGAACAAUUUUUACGGAGGCAAUUGUCGCUCAGAGACGUAUUGUUGUAAUAUUUCCUUCCCUCACAAGAGGGAGCCAUUACUCACAUUCUUCGUUGUUGAAAUAGGCCUACAACCGUGGUUGAAAUACUAAGGCAAUGAAUACAAGACAAACUACUCAUGCAUAAUAAGAGGUAUGUAUUUAUAUGUGAUGUGAAUUCUGGCAUCACGCAUUAAACAUAUUCAAAUACCUUCUGUAACACCUAUAUUUUAAGUUAUGUUGCCUUGAAAUAAAGAACCCAAUAAAAAUAAAUAAACACACACACUAGUAUUUAUGAAGGGUUUGGGCGUAGGGGAUAUAUACAUAUACAUAUAUAUGCUGUUUAUGUUUCGGAUGUAGUUAAUGAGUUCAUUAGAACAUUACAGGUAAAUAAUCAUAAAUUAUGAACUUGGAGUGAAGAAUUGUAUUCAUUUUGAAUGAUUGUACUACAUUAA